AUGCUUCAAUAUCUAGGCUCUGCAAACACAUUAGAACUAUUUGUUGAGCAUCAUGUUCCACACAAUGUAGACACCCCUUACCUUGUUUUGUUCCUUACUGAUGUUCCUAUAAAUGAUGAUGAAAAUGCGCAACAUUCUCAGUCUCAUGACUAUGAAGAUGAAGCAAAUAGUGAAGAUGAUGAAAAUGAUGACUCAUCAGAUCGUGAUUUCUUAGCUAGUACUGAGGGUGAGGAUGACCCUUCUGAUGAUGAUAUCAUGUUUGAUGGAUCUGAUAAGGAGGGUAAUGGGAAGCCAAAGUACCCUGAAUUUAGGCCUGUGGUUGAUAAGGCUAAUUUUGAAUUUAAAAUUGGAAUGUUAUUUAAUAAUGCCAUUGAAUUUAAGGAUGCUAUGAGAGAAUAUGCAGUGAAAGGGGACUAUGAUGUCAAAUUCACUAAAAGUGAGACAUGGAAGGUUCAAGUCAAUUGUAGUGAUGGGUGCGAGUGGAGGCUUUAUGCCUCUAAGAUGAGUGAAGAGAACACAUUACAAAUUAAGAUAUACAAACCUAGUGCUUUUUUGGCAUCUAAGUAUGUGAAGAAAUUCAGGACCACCGCUACCUGGAAAAUAAAUGAAUUGACGGACACUGUGAAAGAUGACUGUGUUGUAGAAGUAUCCAAAAUGAAACGUUACAGAGCUAGGAAACAAGCAUUGGUGCAACUUGAGGGAACAAAUGCUGAACAAUAUACAAAACUGUGGGAUUAUGCUGCUGAGUUGAUACAGACCAAUCCAAGUUCAAGAGUUGACAUCAAUGUAUGGAGGCCUCAAUUUCAAAUUAAGCCUAGGUUCCAGAGAAUGUUUGUGUGCCUUGAUGGAAUCAGAAGAGGGUUUUUAGCUGGUGUCAGGCCAUUGAUUUGCUUGGAUGCUUGUCACUUGAAAGGACCUUGUCAAGGACAAUUGUUUGCUACUGUGGGAUGGGAUGGAAACAACAUGAUGUAUCCAAUUGCUUAUGCAAUGGCUGAGAGGACUGGUUCCAACUCUUGA